CCCCGACCGACCACCGCAUCAUGCAACCCACGGUGGAGAAACCGCGCAAGAAGCGCAGCCGCUUUAGCGAACCAGAGACUCUAGGUGAUGAUACAUCAGCAUCUAUAAGCCAUGGAGAAGUGACAAAGAAGCCCAAGAUUGAUCCAGCGGCCCUCGCGAAGGCAGCAGCGGCCGCCAUCUCGAAACAACUGCCGAAACACAUUGGUGCGCCGAUCACUAUACACGACAAGGAAAAGGCACGGGAAGCCGCAGAGAAAGAAGCUCGCAUCGAGAAGAUUCUCAAGUCCACACGAGAACAGAUUAGCCAAGUCCAGAAUCUAUGGACAGGGUUUGACAAGAAGUCGUUCAUGCCAGCACCGCUGCUCUUGGACGACCAAGGCCGCCACAUUGACGCCUCAGGCAACGUCAUCGCUUCCACCAUUGCACCCAACGCCACCCUUAAAGCCAACAUUAGCGUUGCCGAUGCCCAGAAGGAACCCGUGCCAAAGGCCGUGAACCCAUACUUGUCCUUUCGCACUAUUGACAAGGACGAUCGCAUGGAUUCCCUGGAUCCACGUCUCAAGACGAAAAAGCGAGAAACACGAGGCGCAAAGAAUUUCAAUUUUGUCAAACAAGGCACGUUUGUGAAACAAGGCGAGCAAAUGCGUGCCAAGGAAGCCAAGAAGAUGCUCGCCGGGUUUUCCUCCGGGCGCAAUCCGAAUGCGUAUGUCAAGGAAACAGUGGCCGACGUUCCCGACGCCACCGCCGUGCCGCCAUCCGUCAGCGACAAGGACGGGGUCAACCCAGUCUUGUUCGACGUCGAGGACGUCCCGAUGAAGCCCGACGCGCCCGUGCCCGAAGUCGAGUGGUGGGACAUUGUAUUUUUACCCAAAGACAAGCAAGACUUGGUCGACAAGCAUGGGUUUGCCAAAACCAUCAUCGGGCGUGGGACCCAUGGCGGCACGCUGGACUAUCUCGUGGACCUGCGCCUAAAACAUGCAGGGACGUCCCACUUGAUCGAGCAUCCUGCCCGUAUCAAGUCGGCGCGCAAGGAACAGAUCGUGACACUGCCCAUCAUGCUGACCAAGGCCGAACGAAAGCGCAUCCGCCGCACGACGCGUAGCGAGCGGCUCAAGGAGACGCAGGACAAGAUCGCGCUCGGCUUGUUGCCGCCGCCAGAGCCCAAGGUGAAGCUGGCCAACAUGAUGCGCGUGCUGCAGGACCAGGCAGUCGCCGACCCGUCCGCCGUCGAGCGCAAGGUCCGUGCGCAGGUGGCGCAGCGGGAGCUGAACCACGAAAUGCGCAACUUGGCGCGUAAGCUCACGCCCGAGGAGCGGCGCGAGAAGACCCUUAACAAGCUCAAGAAGGACGCCGCCGGCGACAUUUGCGUGGCCGUGUUCAAGGUUCCGACGCUCGAGCAUCCCCAACACAAGUUCAAAGUGGACGUGAACGCGCAGCAGCUGCAGCUCACGGGCGCGGUGCUCACGGUGACCGACAAUGCCGCCAUCAACUUGGUCGUGGUCGAAGGCGGCCCCAAAAGCAUCAAGGCGUACGUCAAGUUGAUGUGUCGUCGCAUCGAUUGGUCGUUGACGCCGUCCAACGAGGACGGAGACAAUGAGGACGACGACACCACCCCAGCAGACGGCGACACCGUACAUAAAGACGACAAGAACCACGAAGAACAACACAAGUCUGGCAAGACCAAGCCAAAGUGCUACCUUGUGUGGAAAGGUGUCGUGGCCAAGCGCGCAUUUGCCAACUUUCGGUUCCAGGAGUGCCGCAACACUGUCACGGCGCGCAAAGUGCUCGAAACCAAACACGUGGAACAGUACUGGGACAUGGUUGAAACGUACAACCCGUCGUUGAGUGGGGGGACCUUCGACGACGACGAUAACAACGAAUGAACAAGCGAUCGUGCUCCUCCUAUAUAUAUAUUGUGAUCAUAAUUUUCC